AGGGCAACGUGCCCUAAUAGGGCUAAUUGUCACACGAGAGUUAGUUUUAGGGCUCGCUAUGUUUUACUAUGUCUAUUUAAUGGUGCUAGUAAAUAUGACAUGCAAGAAGUAUGGUUAUGUAUCAUAAGUUUUGGUUAUGUAGCUGUUUUACGGUGCUGCGCAUUGUGCCGAAAUUUUUCUAUUGUUGUCUGGAAAAAUGAAUUGCAUGAUAAACUGGAAUUGACUAGUUUGCCUCCUUCUGUUUUAAACUACUACGGGAAUAUAUACAUAAAUGUAGAUUUGAUGAAAUUACAUCUUAUGUGUAACUUGAUAGAUCAAAAACUAUCAUAUUUAAUCCCUAUUGCGUAUGAUAGAUUAAUACGAGCUUCAAACCUGAAACUUUAUUUUUAACUGUACUGCAUACAAAUCUCUCGUAAAAAUAAUCUAUAAGCACGGAAUUCAGUUGACCUCAAUCUUCCAAUUUCCAAUUCAAAGAAGGCUUGUAUUGUUUAAGGGUUGAUCUUGGCGUGAAUAAACUAAUUAUAUUGUUUGAAUGGGAAAUUAUGUCCAACUUUAGCCCAGAUACCACCUAAAACUUGCCAAAGUUCUACUAAAAGACUUUAAAAUACCAACUUUUACCAUUGGACCGACCUUGAUCUUUGCCAAGUAAAUAAAAUUAUCUCCAGAGAUUUGUUCACAAAAGUAAGAUCAAUUUCAAAUAAUAUUUGUGGUAUAUUGGAGACGAUAAUUUUAAUAAUCUGAAAAAAAUCCGCCUCGGAAUUUAUCAAGGUCUAUUCAAUUCCCACCAUUAAACUUUUCCAACUAGAAACACAGUAUUCUAAUGACUUGACUUUACUCGACUUGGCUCACUAGAUUUCAUCCUAGAGAAAACAUUUUCGUGUUGUUUAAAUAUAAACGAUACUUUCUUGAUCAAUAUUUCUUUGUCUAUGAGAAAAUGGCUAAGCCAAAAGAACUGUGCAAACUUAAUUGCUAUUUGGCAAGACUUUCGAAAUAAAUUAAAAAAAAAAAAGAACUUAAUGAAGACCCCUAGAUCUAACUGGAUGGUAGUUACCUUUAUCUAUUGUGUUGCCUUUACUACUCAAAGUUCAAUGUGGUCACCCUUUCUACUAGGUUAUUCGUAUAAUCUAUUUUAUAAAAAUAUUUUUCCAAUUUUAUUCAAAACUCGACAAAUACAAUAGAGUCAAACUAAUAAUAAGCGUAUUAGUUGC